UAUUUGUUAACGUUGUUAUCUAACUACAUUCCCCAGAAUGCAAUGUUACGUUGUAUCAGGAAGUGUUCUUGUAAAAGGGUUAAUACAUGAAAACCAGUAAAGAGAGCAGUCAUGCCAAUCGUUGCAAGUGUCAUAUUUGUAUAAAGGUGCUGUUCAUUUAAUCCAAAGACACAACAAAAGUGGCGACGAGGAUUCAGUUACUCCGCGUGUGUUAUGAGAAUGCGGAAGUGAAGCGGCUUGACGGUGAAAUCGCUACAAAAAUAAACAAAUGCGACCCUGCUGCUAAUCCACGUCUUGACAAAAAGGGGAGGAAAGACAACGAUCCAGAUAAAUUCAUUGAUUGUCAAAUGACAGAGAACGGCAUAAAAUGCCAUUGGUUUUUGGCAACAUGGGUCAUUUUGAUGAAAGUAGUGAGCAGUGGAGCGCUUACACGGAGAGAUUUGAGUACUUUGUAGCAGCAAAUGAUAUUACUGAAGAGAAAGUUGUGCCCACUUUUUUGAGUGUUAUGGGUCCAAAGACAUUCACUCUACUGCGUAAUCUCCUGCAACCAGAGAAGCCUGGAGAAAAAACGUAUGAUCAAAUAGUGAACACGCUCAAAGCACAUUUCUCUCCAAAGCCCUUAGUAAUUGCAGAGAGAUUUCGGUUCCACCGACGAAAUCAGCUAGAAGGAGAAACUGUGACAAUGUUUGUGGCAGUGCUAAAAAAACUAGCUGAACACUGUGAAUUUGGUGAUGCAUUAAAUGACACACAGAUUAGUGUGCGGACUCCGCUGUGAGGGAAUACAGAUUUUGUCAUGACAGGGAAAGGUGAGAAUGAUGACACAGAGCUCAAACCAUACACCUCUCGACGUCAUGAGCUUUCGGUGCAGUCAGGCUGUUUGUUGUGGGGAAGGAGAGUGAUAAUUCCACCAGCUCUGCGUAAUUCAGUGCUGAAACAGCUACAUGCGGGACACUGUGGAAUGAUCCGUAUGAAAGAGAUUGCCAGGAGUUACUUCUGGUGGCCAGGAGUGGACAGCCAAAUUGAGGAAAAGGGAAGAACAUGUACGUCAUGUCAGAGCAUACGCAAUAUACCACAACUGGCACCGCUGCACCCUUGGGAAUAUCCGGAGAAACCAUGGCAUCGCAUUCAUGCUGAUUUUGCAGGCCCAGUUGAGGACAAAAUGCUAUUGGUUGUCAUUGAUGCACACAGUAAGUGGCCUGAAGUGGCUAUCAUGAAAUCUACCUCAGCAGACAAGACAAUUGAGAAGUUGGGAGAAAUUUUCAGUAGAUUUGGACCACCUGUGCAGUUUGUCUCAGAUAAUGGACCCCAAUUUAUAUCGCAUGAGAUGGCCACAUUUCUACUAGCAAAUGGAGUACAACAUAUCAAGUCAUCAUCCUACCAUCCUUCCACAAAUGGGCUAGCAGAAAGGUUUGUCCAGACCAUGAAACAUGAUUUGAAAGCUUCGAUUGGGCAAGGCACAUUUCAUCAACGCCUUCAUAACUUCUUGCUGUGCUAUCGUAGUACUCCACACGCAACUACCAAAGUGUCGCCAGCUUAUCUGUUGUUCAAUCGAGAGCUCAGGACAAGCUUUGAGCUGCUUAAACCAGCAACCCUCAAGGAAACUGUCCUACAACAACAAAAAAAUCAGGUACAACGAUGGAAACGGCGAGCCAAAGACAGAACCUUUUCAACAGGCUCACCUGUGCUGGCUCGGAAUUAUGGCAGCAGUCCAAAGUGGGUUCCAGCUACUGUGGAGACCCAGACGGGUCCUGUGUCAUAUAAGGUUAAAACUGCUGGAAACCUUCUAUGGAGGAGACAUACUGAUCAGUUGCUGAGUGGUGCUAGUAUAUCCACGGACCUUACUAGAGGUACCGAUGCCGCUGAUCAAGUAGACGACAGCUCACCAGCUUCUGUGACCUUCACCACAGAGUUUACCAAGACCCCAAAUUCCCCAUUUACUAAGGAACCAUCAUCAUCUGUUGUUUCAACAGAAAAUCAGAACCAAGCAGGUCGCCGAUAUCCAGUAAGGGAGCGGCGCCCACCACAGCGUUUCUUGGAUUACACUUAGUUAUGGGCUACCCUUGUUGUUUGGGGCAGAAUAAUCCCCUAAGGGUAAGCUAGGGUUUGAGGUAGUCCACCCUCAUUCCCAGGGAAUUAGCUGUGUUCAUAAAUAAGACAUUUAACAAGAAGACUGAAUGUUUCAAGAGUUAAAAAAAAGAAAAAAAAAAGAGAGUGUUCACAGAUUGUUACAGUGAAACUGAAUGUCAUACCUGCAUUCUGUAAGUGAUGAUUAAUUGUUUAUUGAUGUUGACCUUAUGAGUAAGAGGGGAGGAAAUGUUGUGUAUUUGUUAACGUUGUUAUCUAACUACAUUCCCCAGAAUGCAAUGUUACGUUGUAUCAGGAAGUGUUCUUGUAAAAGGGUUAAUACAUGAAAACCAGUAAAGAGAGCAGUCAUGCCAAUCGUUGCAAGUGUCAUAUUUGUAUAAACGUGCUGUUCAUUUAAUCCAAAGACUCAACAUACACUUUAGAAUAAAAUUUAUUAUAUCAUAUAUAAAUAGCCAUACAAUAACGAUCGACCCAAAUGUGUUAAAUUUCCUUUUAUUUUGUUAUAAUUCUGUGUUGUGUAAUUUAAAAGCAUCGUCUGGAUGGUAAAGUUGGGCUUUGGUAAUUAAGACAAACUUGUCAAUACAUUUGACUUUCUCUGUAAAGAUUUACAUUUAUUAUUUUAGAGUGUUUUGACGUGUUUCUGUAUUUUUCAUGUUUAUGAUAUUUUGGAAUGACUGAAGAUCAGCACAGAAUUCAAUAAUCUUGUGGAUGGACCGCAGCAAGUCCUUUUGCAGUUGCUAUCCCUCAAAAUGCUAUCCAGACAUAAUGGAAAUGACAAUCACAUUAUAGAGCUUGGACAAAGUUGUAAGUAAAUUUAUUUACUUUAUAAAUGCACAUUUAUUGGAGUCUGUAAGCUUUACGAUUGUAAGGCACUGUUUAAUGCUUCCUUUUGUUUUUAUUAAAGCACACAGGAAUUCAUCAAGGACAUGACUGUUGGGAUUACGCUCGUGGAUGACCAAACUGAGCACCAUCAGUCUGCAGCGAUGUGGUCCAGCCAUCCGGUGACAUUAAGGAUGUUGAAAAAAAAAAUUGAUGAGGGCAUUCUGAUUGUAACUGAGGAGCAGCAAUGUGAGGUGCUUCCCAAGGAAUAACCAACAUUGCUCUCAUUUGGACAUCUCUUCAUCACUGACAUCUCCCAUGUCCCCAAGGCAUUUGGACUCCUAAUGGGUCUGUAUGCAGUGAACAUCCACUACCUCAAGCGCAUGAAAUACACCAUUGAGGCUCUGCAAAAACUUGUGAAGAACAUAUGCUCCCACCAUGUGCUCGCUACAGCGGCAGGAAUUGUAGGUGGGGGGAGUGAAUGUACAGCGCUCUCUCCCUCCUUCAGUACCACGACUGAGGUGCCCUUGAGCAAGGCACCGUACCCCAACUGCUCCUCGGGCACUGCAGCCUAAAUGGCUGCCCACUCCUCCGUGUGCAUGUUCACAGUUUGUAUGUUCACUGCUGUGUGUGUGCACUUUGGAUGGGUUAAAUGCAAAGCACAAAUGUAUAGCACAAAGCACAAAAGUAGUGUUUUUUUUGUUUUGUUUUUUAAGGAACUUUAGGCUCUUUUGUGCCUUUCACUACAUUUUAGAAUGUCAUUAAAGUUUAUCAUGUCAUGACUUGGAAUAUGCAUGUUCUAAUGUAAACAAAUGUUGUUUCACAUCUCAUUUUCCUAUACAGUAAUGUACACAUUUCCUUCAAACUGACAAGUGCUUUUUUUUCCUUUUUCUGUUUCUUGUUUUAUGACCACUAAAUAGCAUUAUGAUGGCGGAGAGUUAGGAAACUUUCAAGAUCCUUCUGAUGUUAACACUUAUGUCUGGUCAUGUUGCACUACGAAAUUUAGAAUCUGACAGUUUAGAUCUUUGUGCUUCCAUGUGCAUUAUAUCUUAUUAUACAGAAGUACAGUACACUCAUUUUUUUUAACUAAAUGUGAUAUUAUAUACAUAUCUUGGUUUCUCAUUUUGACCAUGACUUGCAUUAUGGUGGGGGGAGUGCAUGUGAAGUUGUGCAGGGUUAAUAUGCAGAGUUUAACCUUCUGAUUUUCAUAUUGAGUUAUGAAAUUAAAAACAAUCCCUGUGGUUUUGAUCUGAUGAAUUGAAAUCCAACUAUUUGUUUCUCAAUCCCAUGCCAGUGUUAUUUAUUAGACAUCACACUUUCAAGUGUCGGUUCAGAUCUUUAGA